AUGCGUGUCGAUCGUUGCGACUGGUCCGGCUUCAAGGUUUACCCCUCCAGGGGUAAGGUCUACGUCCGUGGUGACUCCAAGACCUUCCGCUUCUCGGGCUCCAAGACCGAGUCCCUCUUCCUCCAGCGCAAGAACCCCCGCAAGAUUGCCUGGACCCAGGUCUACCGUCGCAUGCACAAGAAGGGUAUCACUGAGGAGGUCGCCAAGAAGCGCAGCAGGAAGAACGUGAAGGUUCAGCGUGGUGUUGUCGGUGCCGACCUUGCCUCCAUCAUGGCUAAGCGCACUGCCAAGCCCGAGGUUCGUGCCGCUGCCCGCCAGGCCGCCAUCACCAAGGCCAAGACCCAGAAGCGUGAGAAGGAGACCGCCAAGAAGGCCAACCGCCCCCAGGGUGGUGCCAACGUCCCCAAGGUCUCCAAGCAGGCCGCCAAGGGUGGCAAGGGUGGUCGCUAA